AUGGCCACUCACGGCAUUCAAGUCUUUGAGGAUAUCGUCAAGUCAGAGGCUGACGAUAGAAGCUACAGAUUGGUGACAUUGUCAAAUGAACUCGACAUCCUGCUCAUAUCUGAUCCAACUACCGACAAGGCUUCGGCUGCUUUGGAUGUGCAUGUUGGCCAUCUGGUUGACCCAGAAGAAGUUGCUGGCCUCGCUCACUUUUGUGAACAUUUAUUAUUCAUGGGAACCGAAAAAUACCUAGAAGAGAACGCAUAUAACUCCUACCUCUCCGACCACGGUGGAAACUCGAACGCAUUCACAGCCGUCGAAGACACAAACUACUAUUUCGACGUGAAUGCAAACCAUCUAGAAGGAGCUCUCGACAGAUUCGCUCAAUUCUUUAUCGCACCCCUGUUUCUGGAAAACACGACAGAUCGCGAACUCCAAGCUGUAGAUUCAGAGCACAAGAAGAAUCUGCAGUCGGAUUCAUGGAGGCUGUUUCAGUUGGAGAAGGAUUUAAGUUGUCCGACACACCCAUAUCACAAGUUUGGCACUGGGUCUAUGGAGACGUUGAAGGAUGAUUUGGUUGCGAAUGGGAGGGAUAUUAGGAAAUACUUGUUUGAUUUUCAUGAUUCGUAUUAUUCGGCUAAUAUUAUGAAAUUGGUUAUACUUGGCAAGGAGCCAUUGGAUACUCUGAUGGAAUGGGCUGUAUCAAUGUUCUCAGCAGUCAAAAACAAGAGCAUCAAAGUGCCAUCAUUUCCUGGCCAUCCACUUACUUCCAACGAGCUUCUGAAACAAAUACUGGUCAAACCAGUCAAAGAUAUGAAGCUUUUGGAACUGACGUGGCCCUUCCCUGAUACUACCCAAGACUACAAGAUUCAUCCUGCUGAAUACAUAUCGCAUUUGAUUGGUCACGAAGGAGAAGGAUCCAUUCUCGCAGUCAUCAAACAACGUGGUUGGGCAUUGUCUUUGAGCGGUGGUGUACAUAGCGGUGGAACCAACUUUGAUUUCUUCAAGAUUAAUGUGGAGUUGACUGAUGAAGGCUUAGGCCAUUGGGAAGAAAUAGUCGUUAUUUGCUUCCAGUACAUCACCUUGAUCAAGAAGGAAGUCCACGAGUGGAUUUACACUGAAUGUCAAGCUCUGGCUCGUUUGGCAUUCCGGUUCAAGGAGAAGGGUAAUCCUUCUUCGUAUUGUACUUCAUUGGCAGGAAAUCUGCAGCAUUUUGAAAAGGCGGAUGUCUUGUCUGGGAAUUACAUCUUCCACGAGUACCGUCCUGAUGUGAUUCAACGAUACUUUGACUAUCUACGACCAGACAACUUCCGAAUUAUGGUUGUGUCACCUUCAUUUGAUGCUGCAGGAUGGAGUAAAGCACGAUAUUAUGGAACAGAGUAUACGGUUACCGCUUUCAGUGAUACACUACAGCAGGCACUCAAGACCAGUAUACUAUCAACAGACUCUGAACUGCAUUUACCUGAACCUAAUGAUUUCAUUCCAACGAACUUUGAUGUUAAGAGGAUACCGAAACCUGAGACAAUGCAAUACCCCAGCAUCAUUCGAGAAACACCCACCAUCAGGCUCUGGCAUAAGAAGGAUGAUACUUUCUUUGUACCAAAAGUGUAUACCACAUGGCUCAUCAAGAACCCAUACGCAUACGCAAGUCCCAGAAAUACGGUCUUGGCUCGUCUCUUCACAGAACUUAUGAAGGACUACCUCUCCGAAUACUCUUACUACGCAGAAGUCGCUGGUCUGCAUUAUGGCUUGGACAUUCAGACUGAUGGUGUUCUGCUUACAAUGGAUGGAUAUAAUGACAAACUGUCGAUCCUCCUAUCCAAAGUGGUAGACAAGAUCAAACACUUCCAUGUUGACUCGAAGAGAUACGAAGUGGUCAAGGAACAACAUGAGCGCAUGUACAAGAAUUUCAGCAAGGAAGCACCCACUGCUCAUGCCAUGUAUUGGAGCAGUUAUAUGUUGCAGGAGAAGAUGUGGUCGAAUGCUGAGAAAUUGGAUGCGAUUCAAUAUGUCAAAGAAUCUCAAGUCUCGGCCUUUGUAGAGGAAUUCUUCAGUCAUUUCUAUAUUGAGGCUGUUAUUCAUGGCAACGAAGCACUCAAAUGGGCCGACAUAUUCGACGAAGCCUUCCACGAACUCCCACUCCCCCUCAUACAACGCCGCGAGCAAUUACGCUCUCACGUGCUCCACCCCACAUCCCACAUAAUCCAUGCACGACCUCUACCCAAUCCAGCAAACCCAAACUCGUCUAUAGAAUACAUGCUGCAAAUAGGAGACCCGAUAAACGAUGUAUUACGAUCACGCACCAUCCUGUUUUCUCAAUUGAUUCAAGAGCCUUGUUUUGAUCAAUUGAGGACCAAGGAGCAGUUGGGAUAUAUGGUGUUUUCGGGGUUGAGGAAGAUGAAUGGGAACAAUUUCGUGAGGGUGAUUAUACAGAGUGAGAAGGAUCCUGCGUUUCUGGAGACUAGGAUUGAGGCCUUUUGGGUGUCUAUGAGAGCAACGAUUGAAACCAUGUCAGACGACGACUUUGCCCGCCAACGGCAAUCCCUUGUCUCCAAACUCCUCGAAAAAUCCAAGAAACUAGUCGAAGAGUACCAGCGCCUGUGGGUCCACAUUGCAUCAGGACAAUACGACUUCGCAGCUGAAACACGCAUCGCAGGACUCGUAUCCACAAUCGCAAAGCCCGACAUGAUUGAAUUCUUUGAUUCCUACAUAUCACGAAAUGGGGCAUCACGAGCUAAAUUAAGUACACAUAUACAGAGUGCUAGUAUUGUGGAUGUGAGUCCUGAGGGAUUGGAGUUGUUGGGUGAUGAGAGUCAGAUGGUUGUUGAUGGAGAUGAUAUGGAGGCGUUGAUUGAGAUGAAGAGUCGAUGGGGGUUGGCUGCCUCGUCCUUUCCGUGUAAGAGUGUAGAAGAGUUUAUGGAUGUGAAGGAGAAGAAGGAGGGUGUGAAUGGGAGUGUGUGA